CUCCGAUAUUAAGCCAGUCAUUCACUCAUUUAAAUCAUUCUCGAGAUUAAUCUAUAAUAUUAAUGCCAUUGUUCUCGAGCAAGAAUUGAAAAAAAUUAAGAAAACCUUGUUACAAAAGGGUGAAGGUAAUGGAAAUAGUGAAGGAAAAGAAGAAGAGAAAAGAUAUAAUAUUUUAUGUACAUAUCAUUAAAAGAAAAUUUUCAUAUGUCGUAUAUAUCGAUGUCCAUGUGUAAUCUCUGAUGUAAGAUCGAUAAAGCCAAGUUGGACUUAAGUGCAUCACUAAUAUUAAGAUGCAUCAUAACAAUAAUAAAGAAAAUUUGGAUAUAUCCAUUGACGAUUAUAUUUUUGAUCCUAGUAAAAGAGCCCCAAUUGGUAUUAAGGAUAAUGGGGUUAUUAGUAUUUUAAAAAACAAGAAAAGAAGAGAGGAAAAUCCAGUAUUGCCAUCAAUAUCAAUUUUCAAAAAGAAUAAUAAUUACGAUGAUCCAAUUAACAAUUUGAAUAGUUCAAUGUAUAAAUUAAAUAAGUUUAUUUACAUAGCAAAAUGUGUUACAAUAAAAAAAUAUAAAUCAAUAAGUUUAAACUAUUCAAAAUCCAAAGAUGACAAACUGGAAUUUAUUUCUCAUUUCCUACAUGAAUUUGAAAUUGAAUGUAUGAAACCAGCACAAUUUUUACUUAUUGAAAUAUUAACACAGGAUAUCAACAUUUAUCAAAAAUACUUUUGUGAAAGAAUUUAUUGGAAAUAUAUAUGUCAUAAUGUUUUAAUUAAAUAUGAAGAUUUUCUUAAAACAUUUGAUGGUAUAAAAUUAAAUGAUAUCUCUACUCAUAAAGAUAUAGUCGAUAAAAUGGCCCUUAAACUUAUUCAACUUAAAGAGAUAUUUAUUUACAAAAAUAUUCAUUUCUAUAAAAAAAUUAUGGAAACUUUCAUUAACAAAUAUAAAUUCCAAUAUAAAGAUUAUAUCUAUAACACAUUUAAAGAUGAAAUAGAUCAAAGCAAUACAUCAUUUAUGUUAAAAAAAAUUCAUGGUGAAAAUGUUAAAGGUAUCAUUAACUUGCUAAACCAUAAUUCAAUACUUAAUCCAAAAUUGGAAAAUUUAUACCUGCAAAUAUUCUAUUGGUUUUGCAUUUCACAAGGAGAUUUGGCCAGAUAUCUGGAAUCCAUGUAUAACAAAUCAGUUACAUCGACAAUGAUGUAUCAUAAAUCUUUUGACAUCAAUACAGUUAAUACUGCAUUUAGUUGCUAUAAUUGUGCCAUACAAUUACAACCAGAGAAUAGUCAUGCUUAUAAUCAAUUAGGCAUUCUUUCACAUAAAAUGAAUAUGCCAUUUGAUACUCUCUAUUAUUUUAUUCGUUCUCAUAUCUUGAUUUCUCAAGAUUCCGAUACAUCACAUCAUAGUCUUCUAGCUCUCUUUGAAGAUGCCAGGCAAAAAUACAAUUCAUUUAAUAUACAACCAUAUUUUAAACUUGAAAAAUUAAGAUCUCUGGGUAAUAAUACAAUAGAAAAAAAUGUUGACAUGAUUGACACUCUUCUAACAAAAAACAAAACUGAAAUUUGGAUCAACUAUUUUGGGUGUAAUUUUGAUGAAAUGCCUGAUGACAAAUAUUACCUUAAGUACCUCACCCGUGCUGUCUAUUUACAAAGUCAGAUGUUAUCACCUCUGCAUAAGGUCACAGAAAGUAUUGGCCCUAAAACUUCCUUAAAUCAAAAUAAAGACAUUUUGAAUUUGUCCCUAAAAUAUUUUAUCAUCUUAUUCAUAACUUUACAUGGAAAAAUAUACAACCAAACAGAUUUGGAUGAAUUUGACACCAUCUUAUCAUGUAUGUUGAGCUAUUUUGAAAUUCUUAUGAUAUAUACUAUUGACCCAAAAAAUUCUCAAUCAUUAGACUACCCUGAAUCAGGAGAUAAAAUUAUAAUCAAACCAAGUUUUUUUUCAAAUCCUCUACACUUGCUACAAAUAUUAGCUAUAAAUCUUUUCACUGUAGAUAAAUACUUUAAUUUGGCUACCCAUCAUAGUCAUCAAAUGAAGGGAAAUUCUAACAUGUCUCUUAUACAAGAAAAAUGUUUACUCAUAUCUUUUACCAUGUUUGCAAAGGUGUGCAAGGUUUAUUUACAAGGUAAUGGCUGCAAUUCAAACAUAAAAAUACAACAUAAUCAUACAUUAGAGGCAUCAUCUGAUAAAUACUUACUACCUUAUAUAACAGUCUGGAUAGGUUGGAUGGCCUAUAACACCUGUUGGAAUCCAUUACCCAAUUCUAUAAUUCAAUAUGAUAAGGACUUUCUAUUAAACCUAGCUCAAUUAUUAAAUUUGCACCAAAAUUAUAAAGAUAUCAAUAACAAUAAUAAAGAGUUAUGCAUUAUAGCACCUAAUCUAGAGGAAGUUUUGUUUAGAGGUUUUCCACCCUUGGAAUAUAUGAAAAAUCCUAAUAGGAUCAAUAAAUCACACCCAAAUAUUGAAACCUUAUCAGAUUCUGAUACAACUUUUAGAGUGAAGAAGAUUAUUGAUUAUACCAAAAUAUUGCUGAAAUUAAACCCACCAUUUAUGAAAGUUGACAAUAAAGGCCAGUAUGUAUGUUUCAAAGAUUUGUCAUCAACAAAGCACCAAGGCUCAAUUUCAACUAAUAUACUAUAUGAAAAUUCUGUCCAAAGUAAUUUGGCAAUGAAUCUUAAUGAUAAAAAUACUAAAAAGAAUAUCCUAGAUCAGAUCAUUGAAAAACUUAAAAUUUCUGGUUCAAAACACACAAUAUUUGAAAUUAAACCCAAAUAUUUAGUAUGCGACACAAACUGCAUGAUUGAUCACAUUGAAGCUUUGAAAUCUAUAUUGAUCUUCAAACAGAAUAACCUUGAUGGUACAGAUAAUUGUUUGAUUCUCGAGAAUAAAUAUACAAUCCUGAUACCUUUAAUUGUAGUGAGUGAAUUGGAGAAAUUAUCUAAUGCCGAUGCUCAACUUAAUGCCGAUCCAUUCCAAAAACACAGAGCACAAUGCUCUAGAAUAGCGCUCAAUUUCAUUCAUACAAACCUUUCACUUAAAAUUCCUAACCUGAAUGUGCUCACUAGUCAGGGCAACUUGAUGGAUUCUCUCAAAUAUCGUAACGAGGCAUCAGACGGUUCAUCAUUUUCUUCCGAUAAUGAUUCUUUAACAUCAUCCAAUGAAUUUGAUAUUAUAGAUUCUGAUUUUCGUGAUAACAUGAAAGAUAUAUCUCCUAAAUUAUUGCCUAAAAAAUGCAACAGCAAGAACCUUCCCCAUAACACUGAAAAACACUUUAAACGAGACUACAAUAAUCGUCCACUUAACAAAUCUAAGACGAAAACGAAAGAUUACGAUCAUCACAAAAUCAAAAAUAAUAUGGAAGAGAAAUUUAUAAAAAAAGAUUUAUUCAGUUCUAAAACCAAAUUUGGUCUUCAAAAAGGUUAUUCCACUAAGAACGACGAUAUUAUACUUAAUAGUUGCCGCAAAUUAGUAAGCAAGCUCAAGGCUACCAAACCCCCAACAACAUUGCCUCAUAAAAAAUACGACAAACGUUACCUGAAAUUUAUUCACAGAAGCCUGGUGUUUUUUACGGAUGAUCAAAACCUAAAAAUCAAAUCCCACGUAAUGUUUAUUCCUACCUGUUCGAUUGGACAUUUUAUGAAAUGGGCAGAAAUUCCUUUUUAAUUUUAUUACAACAAAAUGCGUUUAUUGUUGUCUUAAAUUUGAAUUAAUGAUAAGCUAUUAAUUGUCUUAUUUUUAUAACAAUAGAAAAAUAAAAAAAAUAUGUUUUAAUGUACUUGAAAUAAU